CCGGCAAGCGGGGCAGCAUGGACCUCCGCGUCCUGGGUGUGCUCCUGGCGCUGGCCGGCGCGGCCCGGGCCCAGUACGGCCACUACGAGCUGCAGUACCAGGACUACGACGAGGGCUGGGCCAACCUGAACCGCCAGGGCUUCAGCUUCCAGUGUCCGCACGGGCAGGUGGUGGUGGCCAUCCGGAGCAUCUUCAGCAAGAAGGAAGGGUCCGACCGCCAGUGGAACUAUGCGUGCGCGCCCACGCCCCAGAGCCUCGGGGAGCCCAGCGAGUGCUGGUGGGAAGAAAUCAACAGGGCGGGCAUGGAGUGGUACCAGACCUGCUCCAGCAACGGCCUGGUGGCCGGUUUCCAGAGCCGCUACUUCGAGUCGGUGCUGGACCGCGAGUGGCAAUUCUACUGCUGCCGCUACAGCAAACGCUGCCCCUACUCUUGCUGGCUGACCACCGAGCACCCAGAGCACUACGGCGAGGACAUGGACAUGGUGUCCUACAGCUACGACUACUACAUCCGCGGCGCCACCACCACUUUCUCGGCGGUGGACAGAGACCGUCAGUGGAAGUUUAUCAUGUGCCGCAUGACGGACUACGACUGUGAAUUCGAAAACGUGUAACGCAGCCACGCCGCCGCCCCCCCCGGGAUGGCCCCCGGGACUUCCCCAGCAGACACCAGCUCGUCCUCACCACCGUCCCCGCCCCGGGGUCAGCCCUGCACAGAGCCUUGUACCCAGUCACUGUCCCCUCCCCCCAGUACCCUCCCUGAGCACCCCUACGAUUUAAGACUCUGCACCCUGGAGAAGAGGGGGGCUGGCGGGCUGGGCGGGAAGAAUAUCCCAGACCAGAAACAGAAGCUUCCAGAAAACGGGGGCUACCACCGGGCCCGGACGGGGCCUCAGCAAGCAGAUGUCGGGGCCGGGAACGGCAGGUGAGGGGCGUGGGGGGCAGGUGGGAGACGGAGGAGGCGUUGACAUGUGCCUACCCCUGCUCUUCUGGAAAGGCGGCCUGAUCCCCCCUGCGUGCUGUCUGGGGGUGUCCCGACAUGGGGGGGCGUCUCUCCCUCCCUCGCCACGCCCCCCCCCAGCCUCUCCUCUGUAUACACAGAAUAAACGUCCUAC